AAAAAAAAGUUGAAGUUCUGGGGGACAUGGCCGAUGCGAUUUCAGUGGUGGGGCGAAGCUUCGCAUUCUCAUGUAGAUUCUCUAUCCACGCGUGGUGGUGUACGUCUUGACUGACCUUCUUUGGUACCAACAGCCACCUACGUACCGGGUACACUAUACCUUGGAAGGCAGUCAAGAUGCCUUCGACACAGACCGGCCGGGUUUUCAAGUCCCGGAAGGGCAAAACCCGAGGGACUCCCCAUCAGAAAAAUCACCGAUGGGAGUCCUUCUCAACCAAGAUAUCCAAGCUCCAUUCCCUCGACCCUCUACGCAGAGUUCGUCGCCAUGACCUCGACGCCGAAGACCUCGAAGCGACUACCUCGUACCUCAGAAAUGGCUUGGAGAGAUGGGCCGAGCUCAAUCUCUCCAAGGGCUUUACCUCUUUCAAGAGGGAGUUGCAGCCCCUUUGCGACAGCCUGCCUCAAAUACUACAUUUCGAAGAGCGCAUAAUGGGACUACUCGAGAAAUACAUUUCGAUGCAGGACCUGGAGUCGCUGGAGCCCUUGUUCGACCUGCUCACUGCCUUUGCACACGACCUUGGCACUCGGUUUGAGAAAUACUACACAAGGGCGCUCUCUCUCAUCAUUCAAGUCGCUAGCCGCCCCCAGGACGCUGCUGUAGUCGAGUGGACGUUUGCUUGUCUCGCCUUCUUGUUCAAAUACCUUUCAAAACUACUAGUGCCAGACUUAAGACCUACCUAUGACUUGCUUGCGCCUCUGUUAGGAAAGGCCCGAAAUCCUGCUCAUAUUACGAGGUUUGCUGCGGAAGCAUUGAGCUUUUUGGUCAAGAAAGCUGCGGCCCCGGCAAAUAAAGAUAAGGCUUUAAUUCCAUUCAUUGAACACGUCCGUAAUGACUUUAUUGCCAGUCGAGACAACCGCAAUCUGGAAUUGUACUAUCAUGGACUGAUGUCCAUGUUUGCCGAGGCAGCGAAAGGCCAAGGCCGUGGAAUACAUACCACCGGAUCUGAUAUUGUUAGCUCUCUUGUCUCCUCUGUACCGGACGAUCAAUGUCUUUCUGUGGAGCCUAUGAACUGGUCUGAGGUGGUUUGUGGUGUACUUGUCAGUUUGGUUCACCACACAACCUCCGAAACAUUCAUCUCGAUUCCUAAGGCAAUCGUUGAAGCAGCUCAAAGCGAUCAAACCAGGAUAGAGUUCCCUCUGCGCAAUAUUAUCUAUAUCAGAUGUUUAGGGAUAAUAUCAGGAGUGAGAAAGGGGACACGUAUCGUUGAAUGGCAGCCCAUUCUUGAUACUCUGCUGCAGUGUCUUGAUCCUAUUUCAAAAGACUCGAAGGUUACAGAGACAGUCGAGCCGACAGCAAUAUGGCAGCAGCUACUAGUCAAUACAGCAAUUGUAUGGCACCAAGCACCGAUGGAUAUUUUGAUUCCACACAUUACUGAAUUCACCACUGUAAUGACUCGUGAACCAUUAAUAAGCUGGUUCAUACCAUAUUGCUGUUAUUUCUCAGACUUGGACUCGACUCGUUUCCGCAGCGUAUUCUUCAAGUCAUUUCAAAAAUUCGUUGUUCAACACUGGUCACAGGGAGCAAAUGAAGACAUGCUCUGCGUUUUCCUGCCGCGUAUGAUUGAAUCGCGAGCUUUACCAUGUGUUCAGGAUACAGACACAUUUUCCUUGCCGCAGUCGUGGCAAGAUCAAAUCGUCACAAAGUUCGAGCGAUUGGAAAUCUCCCCCUUUCCCGAGCGGGGUGCCUCGGGCACCUAUGAUAAGGACCCCAAAACAUGGCGUCACAAAUGCCUACCCAAGUACUCCGCCUUGCUCCGGCUUCUGGAAGUGACGACCGUCCGACCAUCGACUAUUGGACCCAUAUCAGAUGUGCUAUUGAGGAAGCUGAAACUUGCUCUAAGGCCGUCCCAAUCUCCACUCACCGAAGAAGCACGCUUCAUUGUCACCCAAGGCUUUUCAGCCUAUCUUCGAAUGAGUAAGGCAUCUGGGCAACUUGACCAUUCUCUCGGUCCUUUACUCAAGGCGGCCACUCCAAGAUAUUAUCGCUUGACGGGAUUUCUAGAAGCAAUGCUCGAAUACGAGAUAAUGAAUACCAAUGGUGAGGGCCGGAGCCCCCAGUCUCAGAGCGAGGAAAGUGUCGGCCAUGAGGGAGCGCUCGACCCAUUCCUACAGUGCCUUGUACAGAGCUUAUCAAUGCCGUCGCAUGAUCAUCGAAUAGCCUCUUUACGCCUCCUUGAGAAGCUCGACACGGCGCCAGAUGAAAUGGGUUCUCUUGAACUUAUGAUUCAAACCGAAGAGACACCUGUAGACCUGCAAAAUGCUCGUAGCUUGUCGAUGCACAUGCGCAACCUCGCAAUCGCAUAUUCUAAUCUCAACGAGAACUCCUGGCUCCGUUAUGCGAUUCCGUCAUUUCUUUUUGGACUGAUGACCGUACGAGUGACUCCAAUUUGGGACUCUGCAGUUGAAGCUUUACAACAAAUAGGGCAAACGAAAUUAGGAGAUGAAAUUGUUUGUGAUAUGGCAUUUAAAUGGAUCAAAAUCCCGUCGAAACGUUGGGAAGGCGCCACGAAGGGGUCCGCCGCCACGUCCAACUUCAGCCAGACCGAGUUCGAAUGCAGAAAUUUUUCGAGCCUUCACAACCGAGCUGAGGAUGCGGAAAAUGUGAUCAACAAUGCAUCCGACGUUAUUUCGGAGUCUUUCGAAAAGGGACAAGAAAUGGUAGCAGAAACGCCUUCUAAUGCACGGUCACAGGCCCUCAAAGUCUUCUUAGCUGCACCUGCACUUGCAGAAAAGAGGUCGCGAAAGCUAGUUCCUAUCUUUCUUUCCUGGAAUUCAGCACUAGAGGAAGAUGAUCUUCAGCAAGAAUCAGGUGACGAAGAUGUUGACAGAUCGUGGUCUUUGUUUGACAAGAAAGCUCUGAUCAACGUGUUCGCUCAAUUCUCAAACCCUAAAGUGCUUUUUCAAAGCCAACAAGUCUAUGAUGCUCUGCUCAUACUUUUGUCAAAUGGUGAUAUUGAGGUGCAGAAGUCUUCGCUUAAAGCGAUUUUGACGUGGAAGCAGGAAGGAGUCAAGCCGUACCAGGAGAACUUGGAGUAUCUAUUAGACGAAGCUCGAUUCAAAAACGAACUCACAGUGCUAUUUCAAGGGGAUAACCAGAUCCAACCAGAACACCGAGACGAGGUUAUGCCUGUCUUGCUAAGACUGCUGUAUGGCCGGACAAUUUCGAAAAAGGGCAUUGCAAGUGGACGGCAUGGUCUACAAGCCAACCGCCUCGCCGUCCUGAGACAACUUACUAUUAAGGAUAUGGGAAGCUUUCUAGACAUUUCUCUUGGAAGUCUCCGUGGUAUACAGAAAGAAGGAGAAGCCGUUCUGUCUGACGACACCUUUCAACGGGAUCUGUUGCCCAUCCGGAAGCAGGUCGGUUUCCUGAACAUGAUGGAAGCUAUGAUAAAUGAGCUUGGAAACAGCGUCACGAAUUAUAUGAAUCGUAUCUUACCGGCUAUUCUAUACUGCUUGGUGUCGUCUUGUCGAAAGUUACAGAAUACUACAGACGAUGAAAGUGGGGAAGAAGAAGAAGCACUGACGCAUGUUUCAUUAUUUCGAACUGUUCGCAGUACUUCGCUGAAAUGUGUAAAUUCACUGCUCCAAAAUGCCCUGGGAUUUGACUGGCAUCCCUAUCAGGAGAUUCUGAUUAAAGAAGCUGUUAGUCCACGUCUUGAGAAGUUUGCUGUUGAAAACACACAGGGUAUAUCCGGCAUUCUCCAGAUGCUCUCUACAAUUUCACAGAUGCCGAAAACUGCUGUAUUUUUCAUAGUUGAUGACAAGAUCAUUCCCAAAUUAACGGAGCUGUUAGCCUUUGGUAAGGCUAAAGACGAAGCUCGGAUAUUUUCUCUUGGAAUCUUCCGCAACUUGGUCAGGUUAUCCCAGCUACCAGCUACGGAAUCUGAAUUCAACGAGUUAAUUGCAGAGGAGAUCAUUGAACCCAACGUCAACUUGAUUCUGGAAACUGUCGGCCAAGUACUUAAGACGGAAGAAAAUAUUGGGAAAGAUCUUCUCCUGGCAUGUGUUGAGGCCGUGGUUGAGCUGUCUCCAAUGGUUGCGAAUUCUCAUCACGUUGGAACGUUGAUUGACGUUGCCGUGUUCCUGCUAGACCAACCGUCCAAAACAGUCAGUCCAAAAAUCAAAAGUGUGGUCCUUGUCAUGCUUGAGAAGUUCCUUGCUUUAGAAGAAAUGAGUUAUGAGCGGAGUAUAUUAGACAGAAUUUACUCAGCAAUCGCUUCGCUCUACAGCUUCUUCCGAGAUAGGACAAGCCGCGAGACACUCUCAAGCAUUCUUACGGCUUUGCUACGUCGACAAAACAAACCGACUUAUAUUUCCGAGCUCUGCGCUGAUAUCAAUUCCUUCCGUCCUGACCGGAUUGACGAGCCCGAUUAUGAUAAACGUCUGAAAUCGUUCCAAACUAUAUCAAAACCCCGAGAUAUUCCAUUUACGUUGCGAGACUGGGAACCACUAUUACACAACCUCGUGUUUUAUUUAAAACAUGAUGAGGAAUAUGGCGUGCUCUCGGCAAAUUCUGCUGACGGCCUUUGCAUUUUCAUUGAUGCCAUUGUUGCUCUUACUGGCGACAAAAAUACAGAGUUCAUUGACCUUCUCUCAACCGUUGUUUUACCGUCGCUAUACUCAAAUGCAAAGGAAUUAUCGGAAACUGUUCGACGAGAGUCAAUGAGAGUGAUGGGAUAUCUUGUUUCUCAGAUGCCAUCUUGGAGCCCAGUUUCGGAUCUUGUGGCCCUUAAUCCCAUACCGGAUGAAAAGGAUCCCGAUCCUAGCUUCUUUAGCAAUGUCUUGAACCCUGCUGCCUUAAGGCAGAUGCGAGCCUUACAGCUGCUUUCCAAAGUCAGCGUUCAUACUGCUUUGAGCAGUAGACAUGUAGCUCAUUUCCUGGUACCUCUUCUAGAGCACUUCAUCUUCAACCGCUCGGAUGAUGGCGAUGAUCACGGUGUAGGUGCUCAGGCCGCAACGACCAUAUCAGAUAUAGCCUUUUCUUUGGAAUGGCCCCAAUAUCGAGCCAUUUUGCGCCGGUAUAUUGGAUAUGUUGAAUCAAAGCCUGAAGCUCAAAAGCAGGUGAUAAGACUCCUCGGCAAGUUCGUUGACACCCUCACAUCUGCAUCAUCAGACAAAAGUUCUGAGCAAAUGGACCUUGAUACUCCGUCAAGCCGCAAGUCGCAUCUAUCCAGAACGCUACCUGCAAUUGAAAAGUUUAAUGAAGAUAUCCUUUCCAACAUCCUACCGUCACUUCUAAACUAUAUGCACGAGAAGGAUGAGGCAACUGUUAGCUCGCGCGUUCCUAUUGGAAUUAUUCUAGUCAAGAUUCUUAAAAUUCUUCCUGAGGAUUCACUUAAUCAGAAACUGCCCGGUGUUCUUACAGACAUAUGCCAUAUUCUUCGAAGUAAGGCAUUGGAAUCCCGAGAUAUGGCGCGAGAUACGCUAUCUAAAAUGACAUCUCUACUCGGGCCCUCGUAUUUGGGAUUUGUUCUGAAAGAGCUCAGGGGAGCUUUGACCUCAGGUUAUCAGCUUCACGUUCUAUCUUACACCAUGCAUACCAUUUUAGUGGCAUCCAUACCCCAGUUUGAGCCGGGAGACAUUGAUUAUUGUCUAGGCGAUAUCAUGGCCAUUAUCAUGGACGAUAUUUUUGGUGUUAUCGGCCAAGAAAAAGAUGCCGAAGGGUACACAAGUAAAACGAAAGAGGUUAAAAGUAGCAAGAGCCAGGAUUCUAUGGAGCUCAUUUCUCGCACUGCUUCGAUUAACCGGUUAGGUGAUCUCAUCAGCCCACUCCGAUCCUUGUUGCUCGAAAAACUCGAUCUCCGCAUGGUCCGGAGAAUUGACGAGCUGCUUUCGAGAAUUACAGCUGGUCUUUUAGGAAACCCCGCCGCAGCAAGUCGAGAUACACUGGUUUUCUGCUAUGAGGUUGUGCAGCAGGUUUAUGCUAGUCAGCAGGCUCAAGCAGAACCGAAAGUAGAUCCAAAAAUCCGACGAUAUUUACUUCAGAAAGGUGCCAACAGGAGUGGCGAGCGGGGUAGCGCAAGCAAAUACACGUACAAGUUGGUUCGAUUUGCUAUUGACGUGUUACGGGCUGUUUUCAAGAAACAUGACAGUCUAAGGAAUUCGAGCAAUCUCACCGGCUUCAUACCUAUUCUUGGUGAUGCCGUGGUUGGAGGAGAGGAAGAAGUCAAAAUAGCCACCUUCAAGCUUUUGAAUGUGCUCACCAAAGUCCCCUUCAAAACUGACGACGCUUCAAAACUUUACAAGGUAACCGCGAAAGAAGCAACGAAAUGCAUUUCAACUUCAACGUCUCUCGCUGGAGACCUCGCACAGGCUUCGCUUAAGUUGUUGGCUGUCAUACUUCGAGAUAGGCGCGAUGUGGUUAUCAAGGAUGCUGCCACUGAUAUGCUGCUUGGCAAAAUCAAAGAUGAUUUAACCGAGCCGCUAUACCGUCAUGUCACCUUCAAUUUUCUACGAUCAGUGUUGGAUCAGAAGAUUGAAACCGCCGUAGUCUAUGACACGUUAGACUAUGUUGGCAGUGUCAUGAUCACAAACGACGACAAGAAUACUCGCGAUCUCGCUCGAGGGGCUUUCUUCCAGUUUCUGCGGGAUUACCCCCAGAAGAAGAACAGAUGGGCCAAGCAGCUUAGCUUCAUUGUUGUCAACUUGAAAUAUGAUAGGGAAGGCGGUCGACUCUCUGUCAUGGAGGUCAUUCACCUUCUGCUAAUGAAGUCGGCUAACGAUUUCGUCCAAGAAAUUGCGGCUAAUUGUUUCAUUCCUCUGAUUUUGGUUUUGGCCAAUGACGAGAGUGAAAAAUGUCGCCUAGCUGCUGCUGAACUCAUCAAAGAAAUCUUUCGCAAGGCCGAUAAAGAGCGAACAUCCAAGUUUUUGGGUCUCGCGCGGAAAUGGCUUGAGCAGGACGACAACCCAUCAGUUCUUCAACUGGCGAUCCAAUCAUUUGCGCUCUAUUUUGAAGCUCGAGAACCUUCGUCAAAAGACAAGAAGGAUUUGGACCAACUGAUUAGGGCUCUCGUCACCGUGCUAAAUAACUUUUCUACCUUAGCCAAGGAGACAGACCUGAUAAAAGUUGUUCUAGAGACCAUACAAAUUCUUGUUGUGAAACAUCCAACCACUGCUCUAGCCCACGAUGAAUUAUGGCGUUUGAGCCCAACUCCUUUAGCUCAUUUCGAUACACAUGUCAAAACAUCUGCGGCGCAGCUAAUUGUGGCGUACUUGACUGACUUCCAAAUCAGUAACAAGAGUGCAGAUCACACACACCGCAUUCUUGGGUCACAUGGGUUACAGCUGGAUGCGGCGAUGAUUGAGCGGCUGAUCACAGGUGCGGUUGGCAUUUUAAACCCUGGCGUAAUAGCACGUUGGAAGAGGAGGCAGGGUAGGAAGUUGGAUAGCAAGGAUCUUGACACUACAAGUGAUGAAGCUCCUACUUCUCAGGAAGCAGCUGAUUUAGACGAAGCAUUGGCGGCCGAAGCUAGCCGGAUCAGUCUCAUGCUCAGCAAAUACCUGGAUGCGGGCACUCGGGAUACCAAGAAAGAGACACUGGAGGAUGGUGGCGAUGAGAGCGAAGCGGAAGAGCCUGAUGAAGAUGCUGAGUGGGAAGGUCUUGACUCUGAGGACGCAGCCGCCGCAGAACAGCAGGUUUCUUUAUACAGCCUGUGUACCUGGCUCUCGGACAUUCUCAUCGAGGAGACCCGCCCUCGAGCGGCUGCUCUAGUUCCCAAAGUCGCAGCCCUCGAUAUCGCCUCGAUCCUCGUCGCGACCCUACCAGCGGACAAACUCCAGCCCUCACUACACACCCUCUUAAUCCCUCUGCACCAGCUAACAGACCCAUCAAUUCCGAUCCCGUCAACUAGUGACGACGCCUUCAAGACGCGACACGAGGCGCUCCGCGCCAAAGCCACGGAGACCAUGGACGCGCUGCAGCGCAAAUUCGGCACGGCGACGUACACAGCUGAACUCUUGGCGGUCAGGGAGCGCGCGCGCAAGAGGCGCGAGGGCCGCUCGCGGAAGCGCAAGAUCGAGGCUGUCACGCAGCCUGAGAGAUUCGGGAAGUGGAAGCGGGGACGCCUAGAGAAGAAGGUGAAGAGUAGGAAGGAGAAGGGUAUUCAGAAUCGGAAUCGGAGACAUCAGUAUUGAGCUAUGUCUGUGCAGGUGUAGAAGUGCUGAGAGGGGAUUGGAUGUUGGAGGAGAGAUGACUAGAGUGUAUAUAUGUUGAUUGAUAUGGAAGGCGCAUUUGUGAAUGGAAAAUUAAAAGUACUUAGUACUUUUGCAUAUAAAAAGAUUGACUGAUAUACUC